UCGCAAAAAUAACUUAGAUAAAUUCAUCGACAUUACUGAAAUCGAUUAUAAUUUCACAUUCCCUUUUGUUUUGCACAAAUAGUGAAUUUCUAUGUGAAUAAGCUGCUGACGUAUUUUGUAAACAAUGGAUAAAAAGAAUAAUAAGGAUAAACCUCCACUUGAGUCCAUUUUUAUUCCUGCAUAUCCUAUUAUCAAAGCACCAUUCUUAAAAACUCAACAACAAAUUUUUGUAGCUAGUUUACCUGUAAUAUGUGAGCCCGACAUAGUGAUUAAAACAGAAGAUGACCAACAGGAUGAUGAUUGCGAAGUUAAAGAAACAAAAAGCGAGAAGCGGACUGUGGAAACGCCGCCACCGCCAAGGAGUACAACAUUCUUUGAUCAUGACGAUACAAGUAGCAGCAGCGAUGACUACGGUGCGGACGAUAACGACUUUUUUGAAGAUGCGAAGUAUAGAAGCAAAACAAAAAGCACCGAAAAAGGAAGUAUUAGUGAAAAUAAAUCGUUAAAGGAUGCCGACGGAACUGAAUAUAAAGUUACCUGUAAAAUGUGCACAAUGGGAUUUCAACGUAUAAGCAACUACAAAACACACAUGAAAAAGAAACAUAAAAUUGAUUUAAAUGAGUCUGAAGACGGUACAAGGAGAAAAGUGAAGAAACGUUUAUCGACUGCGGAAAGACGUUUACUGGAACCCAAGAUAAAAUGCAGUAUCUGUUCAAUGGGUUUUCAACGUAGUAGCAACUACACAAGUCACAUGAAGAAAAUACAUAAAAUAGUUGGCGAUGCAACGCCGUUUAGUUGUCCAAAUUGUCCGCGUAAAUACGAAUUUGAGUACGAGUUGAAACGUCACAUGAAAAAAUACAUACCAUUGGAUGAGAGACUCAUAUUCCCAUGUCCGCAAUGUGAUAGAAAAUUCCAAACAAAAGUUCAUGUGACACGACACAUCCAAUUUGUUCACGACAAUUCCCGUCCAUUUAUAUGUGAGGAAUGUGGCGAGGCUGUCCACACUAGAACCAUCUUGCGUGAACAUAUGCUCACACAUACAGACUAUUCACCGUAUGAAUGCAAAGUAUGCGGCAAGAGCUUUAAACAAAAGCAAAGACUAAAGCGACACAUGGAUAUUCAUGGAGAAAAGCACAUUUGCACAGUAUGUGGCAAAGAAUUGAGUUCUCGUUGUACACUUAAUAAACAUUUACUGGUGCACACAGAAGAUAAAGCGCAUAAAUGUGAAUUUUGUGGGCGUGCAUUCAAACUUAUUAAAACUUUAAAAGUGCAUUUAAAUAUUCACACUGGUGAAAAGAGAUAUGAAUGCAAUUUUUGCGAUAAAGUGUUCUCGGCACCUUCGACGCGUCGUCAACACAAAAAGAAAAAACAUCCUGAGAAGCUACUUGAACUAGAGAUGUUAAAGGCAAAAUCACAUAUUAAAAACGAUGAGACCAGUGGGGAUAACUCAGCGAGUAAUCCAAACGAUAAAGGCAAUAACGAAGCAAUGGAUUACUCGUCAAGCAUGAAUCAGCCAACAACUAGCGCCGCUAUGUUUUUUAAAAAUACCGCAAUACCGAAAGAUUAUCCUCUGCCGGACUUCAGAAUGUUGGAUUUUGUUGGUAGAAUGAUGAUGGAGUAACAAAAAUGUAUCGAAUAAAGAUCGAAAUCGAAAAAUUAAUGUCGAAAAAGCUUUAAUAUUCAUUAUAUGCUGUCAGUCAGCUUAUGGGCAGCCUUCGAAGGUCUCUGGAAUACAUAUAUUCAUUGUAACAUAAUUACAUACUUAUAUGAAAAACUUUGUUUUAAAUUAUUCUAAAUAAAUGUAGUUACCAUUUUAGAAAAUUAUGUACAUA